AUGCUGCCUUACAUCCAACUGCCUGACCCUUCGCAGCUAUACUUUGAUAGUCGCCGGUUCAUCAACGACCAAUAUCGAAAGCCAUUCGGAGUUGAGGUCGGUCGAUGCUCGGAACCACUAGAAAGCAUAAGGAAUAUCGUCAAGUCUACGCUAUCCCGCCUAUUUAGACGCGAUGUUUUGUCGACUCUCUGGUGUUAUCACGCCUCUCAGGGAGCUUGUGCGCGUCUCGAAUCCCCUCAAGACCACACAGUCAGUAUGAUCACCGGUGCCCGCUAUGCCUAUGCUUCGAAGGAAGCAGAUGUUCUUCCACAUCGCACGAUCCUCACUUUACGUUGUGCGGAACACUAUCCCAAAGUCCAAGUUGAAAUCGGACGUCAACGCCACUAUUGCUAUCCACCUACUUUAUUCCCCUGA